AGGUGGCGCCAAGUGACGGGAGAGUGCACCUCCUUCCAGAGCCUACCACUAGAGCUCCAUCUUCGUCAUCCGGGAAUCUAGCGCCAUAUUUCUAUUUUUGCAUCAGUGUCCGUUGUUUAUGUGACUUUAUUUGCCAACGUUUGGACGCAACGGUGUCCUAUUCUCUGUUUGUGUGUAGACUAGAGUUAAGUGGUAUUAAAGAAAACACCGUGUCAUAAUUCAUUGAUGACCAAAUACUGUUAUAGUAUACCCUAUCCUAGGCUAUUUGUUUGUGUGUGUGUCUGUGUGUGUCGAUAAACCCGUAUAAGAAAGUAAAAGAUCCAAGAAACUUAUUAGGAUUCACAUUUCUUCGAGGAAAUUUCAAUAAUUGAGGAGGCCAAGUAUUCUGCCUUCAGUCAUGUCAUCGACCCCCAGUCAAGAGUCGGACGUCGGAACCGCUGAUGACGGUGGGAAUGAUGGGAGCCUUGAGACGUGGUCAAAUCAGCAAGAUCAGAUGGAAGAAGAGGAUGGAAAUGGUGGAGGAGGGGAUGAGGAGUCACCAGCUGUUAAUCCGAAGACUGAAGAAGUUGAUACAUCAGAGUCCCCAUCACCCUCACCUUCAUGUAAUGAUGAUCCUUCUCCGUCUGGAACUGCACAAUCUUCUAAAGCAUCCUCUCCUCAAAAUGUUUCACGGCUUUAUUGUUACUCAAGGGAACAGCUAAUAAAAUUGAAGGAUGCUCCACUGUCUGUGACAUGGCCAGCUUGCUUGGAUCCUUCUUUUAAUAAGGCACCUGGAAGAUGGGACCCUGAGAGAUGGAUACGAGCUGUACAUGAUGAGCGGCGUCCGUCCAGUACUGCUUCAACGGGCUCAACAGCUGGCAAUAGUAAUAGACCUGAUCGUCCUCCAGAUUUGGAAUUGAAACGCAGCCGGGAUCCUCGAGAAAGAGUGAAGCAAGAAGAACAGGAUGGAUUAGUGCUCUCUCCUCAACGGCGUAGCUUUAGCACUGGUUGUCAUGGUUUGCAACAAGGAUCUCCUCUCAGUAAUCGUCCAGAUUCUCCGGUAGAGCGAUCACAUCCUCAGCGAGAGAGUCACAGAGAAAUUCCAGCACGAAGAAUUGGCUCUGGUAGAAUUUCACGCAGAGAUGACAUUGAUGUUCCUGUGUCUGGAGAACGUCGAGAAAUUGGACGAAGAGAGAGAGAUCUUGAGCGUGAUAGAGAAGUAGAUCAGAGAAGAGAUUCACGUGAUUGGAGGUCCAAACCAGAUCAGCGAUAUGAUAGAGAAGAGAGGUUUGACAGCCGCCGUCGAUUUUUCGAGGAAGAAGAAGCAGAGCCUAAACGUGCAAAUCACAGAGACAGAGAACGACGAUACCAGGACCGUAAAAGGGUAGCUUCACGAAAUGAAGAAGAAGAACAGCCCGAGUGGUUUACUGGUGGACCUACUAGCCAAAAUGAGUUCAUUGAGCUUGUUGGAUUUGACGACAUUCCCGAAGAAGGAAGUACUUCUGGCAAACCUCAGAGCAAAAGGGAGCGACGGAGAUCCAAAAAGGAUAGAGAUGGAGGUGGAAGUCGGAAGAGCUCCCGCAGCAAUACUCCAGUCAUUAUUGAGGAAGCUGUUGACAGAAAAUCUCCAAAAGAAGAAGAAAAUGACCACCAAAAUGCCAAUGAGGAGAGAGCACAGUUACAGCCACAGUGGACAAAACCCAUGGUGGUGGAACCUACAAAUGAUCAGGAAAUGCCAGAUUUCAACAUAGAUGAAUUUCUGGAAGACAUUAUCGGUUUUCAAGGUGGUCAAGAAGAAGGGGCAACUGACAAUAGUGGCAGCAUUGGUAUGUGUGGUUCAUCCAGGCUUAAACAAUUUUUUUCAAAAAGAGAAAGUCCUGUUCUUGGUUCAACUGCUGGCUCUCGAAGGUCAUCUGUUGAUCUUCCACCACACAUUAAUAAUCUGCUUAAUGAGAUUGUCAUCCCAUCACCAACAGCAGGCCUAGAUUCCAGUCGAUUCUUCGCACCAAUUUCUCCAGCAGACAAAACUGGAGGCAACUCCAUUGUUGAUCUGUUACAACAGGCAAGUGGGGGCAUGGCCCCCCCAGAUCCCAUUGGACCUCCUGUUGGCCCUCCAGGAGCACCAGGGUCACAGCCACCACCGUCAAUCAAAGAUUUGAUGAUGGAUGGCAAAGGACAAAGUCUGGAAGAAGUUGAGGCUGGUAUUCGUAGUAUGCAUCAACCUUCGGUUAAUCAGCAUAGUCAAAUGAACAGAAACCACUCUCAUGGGCAAAUGACUGCAUUUAAUGAUUUUCUUUCACAAGUGAAUAAUCAGUGUUCCAUCAGAGAUGAUCACAAGAUGCAGUCCAAGGAUAAUAUAUUUAUGAAGCAGUUGAUGAAUGGUGGAAUCAAGGAUACGAACAGUGGAAUGAUCAAAUCAAAUGUACCUAAUGCUCCAUUGGAAAAUGAUCUCAUUGCAAUGCUCAUGAAAGGUAAUGUUGGUAGCCCAGGACACCAACAGAAUCACCUUUCUGUCCCUCAGCAGCCAAGAAGUAUGCCUCCUCCAGCUGUACCCAACCUUAGUGUACCUCCACCAAAUUUGGUCACACCAUCUCAGCCCCCUCCUAAUAUGGCUCAGAUAAAUAGUCAGGGUCCUCCUGGGCAUGAUACUGUUAUAAAGCUUCUGUUACAAGCCCGGCAGCUUUAUCAGCAACAGCAGCAGCAGCAGCAGCAGCAACAACAACAACAACAACAGAAGAUCAGACAAAUCAUAGAACAGGAAAGGCAAAAGCAAAAACCACUUCAGCAACAGCAGCAACUAGACCCAAUUAAACAGUUGAUGGUGGGCAUAUCUCACAUGAAUACUUGUCAUUCUCCUCAACCGCAAGACCCUUUGUUACGCGAUGCCUUGAUGAGACCUGAUGUACAAAAGUUAUUGCAGAGAGUGGCAACAGGGCAGGUAACAGCAUCACAGCUUGUAAGUUCAUUGAACUGUGUUUCAUUGACCCCUAGUCAACGUGAUGCCAUUGUGACAGUGUUGAAGUUUCUCAAUGAUCAGCAACAACGUUCAUCACUUACCCCAUCACCAACACCUCAAGCUGUUGUUAGUGGUGGGCUUGCUAUUGGUGGCAAUUCUUCCUUGUCACCAAGAGUGGCUUCUCCAAACCCAGAUGCUUCCAAUAUGCUCAAUCCUCAUUUGUUGCAGCAGCAGUCUCGCCUUUCUCCUCUUAUGUUUAAUUCUCUUGGCAAGAACUUAAGUAUGAAUAAUGUUGGCAGUGGCCCUCGAAGACCACCAUCCCACCAAGAAUUGGUUGCUCAUGCUCAAAGCAUCAUGCAGAAGGCUCUCCUUAAGCAAGAACUAGAAAAAGCCAAAGAGAAGUAUCGCAAGCGCGAGGCAGAGCGAGCGAGAUCACCUAAUCCUAAUUUGCCCAUGACUGUUACAACUGUUGGCUCAUCGGUACAUAAGGAUGGAUCACCAAGUAAGACAGUUGGAAAAUCUCAGUCGCCACUGGUUUUCACUCCAACCUCUGUUAUGAGAAAGAUGACUGCUGAUAAGGAUCGCCAUGACCGUUCUGAUAAGCCUGACAGUCCAAUAGUAGCCAGUGACUUGAAAGAUGGUGAAAGGAAUAGAGAACAGAUGGAUAAGCAGUUAAGUAUAGGACAGCUUCAUAACUCCCUGCAUCAGCAGUAUCAGCAGCAGAAGCAGCAGCAACAGCAGCAGCAACAGCAGCAGCAGCAGCAUCAACAAGUUAUUGGACGUGGGAAAGCUGAGAAGAGAGACCCAAGACGUGGUGCAUCGCCCCUUCCCACUGGUGGGGCUUUAAUUCCUGGCAAAGGACCAAUGAUGAUGGGAGGGGGGCCUGGAAUGAUGAAUAUGGUACCUCACAACCAUGGUCCUCCUGGUCAGCGACAUCCUUCAGUUUCUCUUCAACCUCCAAACCUUGGCAUGCCACGGGGAAAUACACAAAAUCUGAAUACUCUGAGAGCAAUCCAAGCACAGGCUGCAUUGGGUCAGCAGCUGAUGAGAAGUCCAUCAACCCCAGCAGGUAACCUUGGGCCACCUCACCAUCGAAUGUCCAAUGCCAAUCCUACUGGUACCCUCCAACAACUCCUGCUCAACAAUAAUUCUCCUGCCACCUCCCUGCACCAUCACCAUAAACCAGAUGGUGGGUUGCAAGUCCCCUUAAUGUCUGUGGGAGGUGGAUCACACCGUAGCUCCCCAGUCAACUUAGCAACUUUCUUUGGGAGAGAUAUCAUAGCACAAGUCCAAGCUGGUGGAUUACCAGUUCCUGAACUUCCUGGAGGAAAGGUAAUGAGCCUGGAGGAAGUUGAGAGAUUGCAGCAAACUCAAGUGGUUCCCAAUUGAAAAUAUGAAUGUAUGAAAGAAAACCUUGAUGUCCCUCCCUAUCCCUUCCCUCGUUCACCUCUAGAUCUCAGAUUUACAACCGAAUGGUCGUAAUGAUGGCGAGUGCCUGAAUGUGUGCUUGUGUACAUGUUUGUAAUAUAUUUCAAAAUAAGGAAACAAACCCCUAAUUCACUGAAAAACCCAAUAUUACAAGGAUUAUUUAUUUUAGUAAAACUUGAGCUUUCGUGAGUAAUGCAUUGUUAUUACAAUGCUGUAUUUCUUUAUGUAUAAAGGCUCUAGUGAUAUAGAGUAGAAGUGUGUAUAUAGGAAAAAUGGGGCAUACCAUAUGCAUAUGACAGUGUGUGCCUUGUAAGUAUAAAGUAUACAAAGUUGCACACAUUUAGUUCUUGACUGAUUUUGACAGCACGCUGUAGAUAUAUACGUACUACUUACAAAUAAACAUCAUGAAUGUUUAUAAUACACCUUGUGAUUGGACACCUGUACACAUAAAAUUUAAUGGGAGGUUGUGUAAAUAUUAUAUGUCCAGCAGCAGAUUUAAAUAUUUAUGUGUAAGAGUUAACAAGAGAACAUUCAUCAAUAGGUAUUGAUAAUCAUGUGCUCAUGCUGUUGGAAUUUGUAAUACAUACAUACACCACAUGCUUUGUAAUAAACUACAUUACACUUUGAAUGUGGAGGAAAAUCUUCCAAACAGCACCAUUGAUGCAUACAUCUUGUCAAUAUUCAAUGAAUGCAGGUAUACCUUGAAUUUCCAGGUUUUGUGCUUUGAUAGUUCAGGGUUUGGUUUAUUAAGUUAGGGCAGGUAUCUGUAUAGUUUUGGUAGGGUCAUUUUUAUAGAGUCACUCAGGUAUGUGCAUGUUUAUGACUCAGUUUUUGUAUGGAUGUGUUUGCAUGCUUAUAAAUUAUAUACUAUCUCAAGUAUGUAUAUAUAUGUAUAUAUAUAUAUAUAUAUAUAUAUAUAUAUAUAUAUAUAUAUAUAUAUAUAUAUAUAUAUAUAUGUAUAUAUAUAUAUAUAAAAUGUAUUUAUGUAUAUGUAUGUAUAUAUAUGAAGAUAAAAGGCCCAUAAAGCACUAUUUGAACAUUGCAUCAAUAUAUCUCAAGCACUGUCUUCUGUGGCCCCUGUUCACUGCUCAAAAUAUGUGGUUGCAAAAUUCAACUAUUGUUUUAUGGGCUGUUUAUCUUCUUAUUAU